ACAGACAUAUAACAAAAAAUAUUUAAUUCAUUGUUCAAAUAAAGGGCCCCUUACAUUUUAUCUCUGAUUUAAUGAGGGGCCCAAACCGGAAGUCGUAUGAUGUGUCCUGAUUCAUUCCUCAGCCCAGCGCUGUGUUGCAGUGAGCUGUGCGUUUGCAUCUGACUUUUUUUUUUACACGCCCCUCUCCCUCCGAAACGCACUUGGACACACUCUGUAAGCUGCAGCUCCACUGGGGCACAGAGACGCGCACUUCGCCCACAUACUUCCGAUGCACAACAAUGCAGGUCAAGACACAGAAGUUUGAAACUUUACGCACGGUACCGGCGGGGAGAGGAGACAGAAGUGACAGCAGCUGUGUGUCCAUGGAUCAGGCUACAUGUGCUGGCUUCCCUGCAUCACUGUGGAAAGUCAUUUGAAGAGCUAGGAGGAGACAUGAACAGCCGCGCUGCAGAGCCAAAGGGAACCCAUUAGUCUUUCCAUUUUGGAAUUACCAGAGCUCCGAAUAUUUCUAACUGGAAUAUCAGUUAAGCCUUGGCAGGCCAAACUUUCUAUGACAGUUCAACUUUCAGACGAAUCAACUUCAUACUUUGAGGGAAACCAGGAUCAUAUCCUGCGUUGCGGAGCCACUUUGGAUCUAAGUUACGCACGGGAUUUUCUCUAACAAAUGACAGCCUCCAAGAGGUCUGCGGCUCCGUCAUUGUGUCCCCUCAGUUCCCUUUACCGAAUCGACCCAAAGUUCCAUCACCCUCCUCAUCAGGUUCCACACGGGGUGUGAAAGCCUCUCUGUGUCCUCCUGUGCGCCAGCGUGCCGCCGCGGGCCACCUGGCUGAGAAUGCGGGCAGGAGGCUUCCCAAUGUCUGUCAGCGUGAUUAUGACUCUGCUCCUGGUCAUUAUUGAUGUGAAGGCCAGUGGGGAAUAUUGCCACGGCUGGCACGACUCCCAGGGCGCCUGGAAAGAAGGGUUUCAGUGCCCGGAGAAGAUUGACGCGGAGGACGCGAUCAUCUGCUGCGGGAAAUGCGAGCUACGCUACUGCUGCUCCAGCACCGACGCGCGGCUGGACCAGGGGAGCUGCAAUAACGACCAGCAGGCACAAGAUCCCGGGAAAGAGACCAAAGAGAACAAGGACUCCCGUGCAGUUCCCAUCUACGUGCCAUUCCUGAUCGUGGGCUCUGUGUUUGUUGCCUUCAUCCUGGUCGGCUCCGUGGUUGCUGUGUGUUGCUGCCGCUGCCUCCGACCCAAGCAGGAGCUGCCGUCAGCAGGUGCGUCCGGGGGCGGGGCCACCGGCGGCCGUCUUUUGGAAACCAUCCCCAUGAUGGCGAACACCUCCAGGGGCUCCUCAUCCCGGCAGUCCAGCACAGCCACCUCCUCCAGCUCCUCCGCCCCGCCGGCGGCCCCACGCAACGCCCCGCCUCCCCACAUGCGCGCUCAGGCCUCCUGCUGCCUGCCGCCGGACGCCAGCGUCUUCGUCAACAUGCCGACUAACUUUUCUGUUCUCAACUGCCAGCAGGCCACACAAAUCAUGCCUCACCAGGGACAGUUUUUGCACCCGCAGUACAUCGGCUACGCACACGCCGUGUCUGCUCCUCCAACCUUCAUGGACCCUUCUCAGGGGGGAUAUAGGCCUCUCCAAUCCCCCUGUCCUCCUCCCACCGGUGGGUCCAGUGUCACCAGUGACCAGAAAUACCCCCCUGUGACGGUGUGAGAAGCGGUCAGCCGGGAGACCACUCUACGACUUUGUUGCAAACUUGUGAAGUUAAACCCAUGAGGGCUGCAGCAGAGACCUUGGCCACACUGUCAGAGUGGGGGGAAGGGGGAUUGGGGGGG